AUGGAUCGUGAAGCUGCCAUGAACCUUGGCACCACUGCCCAGCCUCCGGAUGGAGAGCAGCCCGCGGAGUCUCCAGAACCGCAGCUGCCGUGGCCACCGCCGCUGCGGUCACCGCCGCCUACUGCUCCGCAGCGGGCUCCUCCGCCGCCGGCUCCUCCACCGCUGCCGGAGCGUUCGCCAGAAACUGCACCAGAGCACUGUCCAGAGCCUGCUCUAGGACCCUUUCCAGAGGAGAGCUCAGAACCAGCCACAGAACUAGACACAGAACCGAACCCAGAACCAGACACAGAGCCGACCACACAGCCGGUGCCAGAACCAACUCCAAAGCCAGCCCUAGAGCCGGCCCCAGAACCUGCUACACUGCUGGCUCCAGAGCCAGUCUCAGAAACUGCCCCGGACUCCUGUCCUGAGCCUUCUCCAGAGUCCUACCCAAAGCCGAGUCCUGUGCCGAGUCUAUUGCAAUGUCCAGUGCUCCCUCCAGAGAUGGGUCUAAAGACCUCGCCAUUGCCAUCACCCCGAACAUGGUCCAGAGUAAAGAAAAUACUGAAGGAAGGACCACUGCUGAAGAACUGUAACUCCUUCAAGAGAUGGAAGCUUAGAUAUUUUAUGGUUCAAGGACAGCAACUCUACUUGGCACACCAUUCCUCGUUUGUCCACUUUGAAACAAUUGAUCUGUCUCAGGUCACCUUGGCAGAAACCAGCUGUAGAAAUCUUUGCCACAGUUUUUGUCUUAUCACUCCACAACGAAAAGUCACCCUGGCUGCAUCCAACAGGAAAGACAUGGAAGAAUGGAUUAACAUCAUAAAAACUGUCCAACAGGGAGAAAUUUACAAGAUACCAGCAGCAGAAAACAAUCCCUUCCUUGUUGGAAUGCAUUAUUGGUAUUCCAGCCCCAGUCUCCAUACUCAGUACUGCAAUAUUUGUCGAGAGACAAUUCCUGCCUUAUCCAGAGAUGCCAUUAUCUGUGAAGUGUGUAAAGUGAAAUCUCACAGAUUAUGUGCGUUGAGGGCAAGCAAAGACUGCAAAUGGAAUACCUUGUCCGUCACUGAUGACCUACUCCUGCCUGCAGAUGAAAUAGAAACAAUGCCCCAUCAGUGGGUAGAAGGCAACAUGCCUGUAAACUCUCGAUGUGCAGUAUGUCAUGAGAGCUGUGGCAAUUAUCGGAGACUUCAAGAUUUCCGCUGCCUGUGGUGUAAUUCUACGGUGCAUAAUGACUGUCGAAAGCGGUUUUCCAAGGAAUGUGUCUUUGGAAGCCACCGUUCGUCAGUCAUUCCUCCUACUGCUCUCAGCGACCCCAAAGGUGAUGGCCAAUUGGUAGUCUCUUCAGACUUCUGGAAUCUUGACUGGUCAUCUGCCUGUUCAUGCCCCUUACUCAUCUUCAUCAACUCCAAAAGUGGCGACCAUCAAGGGAUCAUCUUCCUCCGAAAAUUCAAGCAAUACCUUAACCCAUCUCAAGUGUUUGACCUUUCAAAGGGUGGACCUGAAGCAGGGCUGUGCAUGUUUAAGAACUUUGCUCGCUUUCGUAUUCUGGUUUGUGGUGGAGAUGGCAGUGUGAGCUGGGUCCUGUCUCUGAUUGAUGAAUUUGGAUUACAUGAAAGGUGUCAGUUGGCAAUCAUCCCACUUGGAACUGGCAAUGAUCUGGCCCGUGUCUUGGGUUGGGGUGCAUACUGGAACAAAAGCAAAUCACCACUGGACAUCCUCAACAGAGUGGAACAGGCGAGCAUGAGAAUUCUAGACAGAUGGAGUGUGAUGAUCCGUGAGACUCCAAAACAAAUUCCAUUGCUAACAGGACAGAUUAAAAUGGACACACCAAGAUUUGAGGCUGCUGCCAUCCAACACUUAGAAUCUGCAACUGCUGAGCUGAACAAACUCCUGAAGGCCAAGUACCCCACAGAGAUGAUCAUUGCAACCAGAUUCCUGUGCUCAGCAGUGGAAGAUUUCGUGACUGAUAUUGCGAAGGCCUGGAAUCACAUAAAACAGAACAAUACAGCAGUAGUGUCUGUGAUUUUGAAAAGUGACUUAAUGUAUGAUAAGCUCAGUAUCUUGAUUGAUAUCCUGGUUGAAGAUGCAGCAGGUACCUCAAUUGAAAAAAGUGCUACACUACAUGCAGACAGUGGCAAAGCAGAUGGAAAGCCCUUAAAUAUUGAAAUAGACCAUAUAGCCAAGAGCAAGUUGGAGCUGGCGACAAGGGCCAAGAAUCUCCAGAAAUCCUUGAAACUUGUCAUAUUCCAGGUUGAACAAGUUCUGGAUGAGGAAAGCAGACAGACGAUAUCAGUUAAGAACUUUACGUCACCUUUCUUCGUGGGAGAUAAUGACUCAGAGGAUUUUAACCAGAUGAGUCCAAGACACCGUUCUCGUUGUGCCACUUUGUCUUCUAUAUCUUCUCUCAAAAGUGAAGACCUAGACAACCUUAACUUGGAACAUUUAUAUUUUACACCUGAAAUGAUACACUUCAAAGAAAAGUGCGUCAUGAACAACUACUUUGGAAUUGGAUUGGAUGCAAAAAUUUCUCUCGAGUUCAACACCAGAAGAGAAGAACACCCUGAUCAAUAUAAUAGCCGCUUGAAGAACAAGAUAUGGUAUGGCCUUCUGGGAAGCAAGGAACUUUUGCAACGCUCUUACAGGAAACUGGAAGAAAGAGUACACCUGGAGUGUGAUGGAGAAGCCAUCUCCUUACCAAACCUACAAGGCAUUGUCGUGCUCAACAUUACCAGCUAUGCUGGAGGUGUCAACUUCUGGGGAAGCAACACAGAGGCCGCAGAAUAUGAGGCUCCCGCAAUAGAUGAUGGAAAAUUGGAAGUAGUGGCAAUCUUUGGCUCUGUACAGAUGGCUAUGUCCCGUAUCAUCAAUUUACAUCAUCAUCGCAUUGCCCAGUGCCAUGAAUUGAUGAUAACCAUUGAUGGUGAAGAAGGUAUCCCUGUGCAGGUAGAUGGGGAGGCCUGGAUUCAGAGGCCAGGGAUUAUCAAGAUUAGAUACAAAAAUGCUGCCCAGAUGCUGAUGAGAGACCGGGACUUUGAAAACUCAAUGAAAAUGUGGGAGUGCAAGCAUAAUAAAAUUCAAGCUAUGUCUCAACCCCAGAUGGAUUCCCAGGAAUCUCAAGAUAGCCUCUCUGAUGAGGAGUAUGACCAGAUACAGCACUUAGCUGAACUUGCAGAAAACCUCAUUAGCAAACUUAAUGACCUCAGCAAGAUGCACCAGCACAUGUCUCUCCUCACGGAUUCUGUAAAUGUUAGUGUUGACAUCCUGAACAAUAUAUUUUAUGGCCAAGACAGUGACAACGCAGCAGGUGCAGCUUCCUGUAUUCCCACUGAGACUCUAAGCAGAAAUGAUGCAGUAGAUGUUACAUUUAGUCUUAAAAGGCUCUAUGAUGACACCAAAGCUUUCCUGGAUGCAAACUUGUUGAGAGAUGCUGAGGAUGAAGCCACACUACAAACUGCUCUGGAGGCCAUGAAUAAGGAGUUUGAAAAGCUCUCAGAGAUCACCUGGAUGAAUUCAGUCAUUUUUCCAGAGGAAAAAUCUCCAGAUGCUGACACUAGAAGCCUCGGGUUGAAGUUUAAGUUCAGCAAACUGGGAAAAAAGAAAGUACAGAAAGAAGAAAAAGCUAAAUCAGGCCAAAGAUUCCGUCGUUUUAUUGGUAAUUUGUGGCAUCGAAGAACUCGUGAAGGUGAAGCAAAAAAUGAUAAUCUUCCAACACCGUCAAUAUCUCAACUGUAA